AUGCCACAGUUCCUGAACUUUGGACAGUCAAGCCUCGCAAACUUAGCAAGCACUCCAAGCCUGAAGGCACCCACCGGCUUCAACUUUAACCACUACAUGCCCCAGAUUCCCGUCAACGGGGCUUCCUUCAACAUGCCGCGCGCUGUCCGUCCGAACCGCAGAGGCUCUGCCAACACUUCUCAGAAGCAGAGCCACGCCACGUCCGUAGAUCCACAGCUCAUCGCAGCAACUUCUCGGGCGAUUGGAGACGUAACAGUCAAGAUGAACAACUUGGGCAACGCCAUCAUUAGCCUCAACGCGUCCAUGAUCAACACCGUGGACUACCUCAACAAGCUCAGCGCGGCAGCUGGUGGUACUCCCGCUCCGGCUCUCAACUUAGCUCCCGUUCCCAACUUGGCUCCCGCUCCGGCUCCCGGUGGCUCUCACCGCACUGCUUCAGCCGGGCCUCGUCCCCUCGCUCCCGCCCCGCCGCGCCCUCACGCCCCCACCGUGUCCGGCCCAGUCGCUCCCACCGCACCAAUGGCCCGCGCCCCCUCCACCACCACCACCCUCCCGCAGAAGCCAAACCCAAAGAAGCGCCCUCACCCUGACUCCGCCGCCAACAGCAGCGUCGGCCCCAUCGCCGCCGUCGGCACCUUCACGUCCUUCUCCGCCUCCUCCGAGCACCCGAACAAAGCGCUGAAGCGCAGCGUGCAAGCCUUCGCCGGCUCGUCGCCCAUGUGGCUGCCCGAGGAGAAGCAGUGGCUGCGCGACCAGGCGCGCCGCUACAAGGGCGUGGUCCCGCGGCCGUCCAACAAGCAGCUGGCCAAGGAGUUCAACGACCACUGGGUCGGCCGCUCCGUGUCUAUCAAGUACACGACGCAGGACGGCGAGACGCGCGAGUUCGCGUCGCUGCCGCGCGAGGCCAGGUCUGAGCGCGCGGUCGAGACGGCGGCGAGGCGGUACAGGUUGUGGGAUGAUAUUAUGGUUAGCAACGUGAGUCACAGGAAGAAGGAGCAGAAGAAGCGUGCUGUGGAGGGUGCGGAGAAGGAGGCUGGUGGCGCGGAGGAGAGCGCGGCUGGAGAUGUUGUGGAGGGCGGCAAGAAGGCCAAGGAUAAGGCUGGCGGUGGAAAGAAGGACACAAUGUAG